AUGACAUGGACAAUGUAUCAAUUAUCAAAACAUCCAGAUGUAUUAGCCAAGGCAAGAGAAGAAAUUGAAUCUGUUCUUGGUAAUCAAUUAUAUCCACAAGCUACAAAUUUAUCACAGCUAAAAUAUAUAGAAGCCAUAUUACAAGAAUCAUUACGUAUUUUUCCACCUGUUGCAUUAAUUGAUCGUGAAGCAAUUAUUGAUCAUGAAAUACACGAUAAUCAAAAUGAUACAAAAAUAUUCAUAUCAAAAGGUACAACUGUAUUAAUUCCAAUAAUGGUUAUCCAUCGAUUAGAUAAAUUAGGAUGGACUAAUCCUGAAACAUUUGAUCCAACAAGAUUUUUAAAUCCAGAAGAAAAAUUAUAUAGACAUCCAUACAGUUAUUUACCAUUUAGUAUUGGAACAAGAAACUGUAUCGGACAGAAUUUUGCUAUGGAAGAAAGUAAAAUUAUGCUAUCGAUGAUUCUUCAACGUUUUAAUUUCGAAUUAGUUCCAGGACAAAAUAUUGUGCCUGAUUUAAAAAUUGCAUUAAGACCUAAAAAUGGAUUAUAUAUGUACAUAUCACAACGCUAA